GAGGGGAGGGGAGACCGCGUGUCGACGGACGGACGGACAGAAGUGGCCGGGAUAGCUCGGCGCGCAGUCGUUUGUGUGUGCGCGUGUGUCAGUGAGAUGAGCGCUACAACACAACAACAUGGAUAACAAUAACAAACGCAAGGGAUCAUGGGACUCCAAAACAUCAAAACUAACCGAGUGCUUCCGGAUGUCGGUGAGCUCUGUGAGCACGAGGCCCUACUUCACGAGGUCCUCGACGCCCAGCUCAAUCCUCUCCUCCGACAGCGACAUCAGGUUUACUCGGAAGCUCGGCGACCACUACCGCUGUGGCUGCUGCAUACUCGCCGCAUUCCUCGUCUUCAUCCUAGUCGGCACCCUUGCCCUUUACGCCGGAUACACAUAUCUCUCACUCGAACCUGGAGGGGAGCAGGUGUUCCGGGGUGUGUUCCGAGUAGUGCAGGGAGACAAGUACUCUUCUGGUCUCUCAGACCCGUCCACUGAGCUCUUCAAGAGAGUGUCCAGAGACUACAGAGAGGGCCUCAACCUCAUCUAUAGGAGGAGUUCCUUCAGAUACCCUUUCCUCAAGUCGGAGGUACUCGCUUUCGACGGAGAUGAAAACUCCGACCUGACGGUCCAUUUUAACCUCUUCUUUGACCCGCGGCGGUACGAGAUCCCUGCGGAAGAGUUAAGGAACAUACUGGCGCGACAGAGCCAGAGCGUAUACCUCGCCAACCGCACCAUCGACGUUGAGAGCAUCCUGAUAUAUGAAGUCUCUCCCAGUGGCCCGUCAAGCCAGAGUCCGUCAACGCACUCCACUACUCUUGCAACUCCCACGACAACGCCUACUCCCCGUACCUGCUCACCCCUCCAGCUCUCCUAUUGCUCCGGAGUGCAACACAACACCACCAGCUACCCCAACAUCGUCGGCCACCGCAGCCUUCAGGAGGUCAUAGAUGACGUAAUUGCAUUCAGGGAGCUAGUAGACGCUGAGUGUUACAGGCUAGCUUAUCAGUUCGUCUGUCACGUGCUGCAGCCCCCCUGUGAGCCUCCUUCUGUCUCAGGGCGACCUGCCACGGUGGUCCGCCCCUGCCGAGAUUUCUGCCUGGACUUCUGGUCUGGCUGCGGUGCUCGUCUUCCCCUCAGGUUUCAAGAUGCUCUGGACUGUUCUCGGUUCUUAGAGUACAGCACCAUCGGAGAAGCAUGCAUUCCAAAACCAGGAUGCAAGGAAAGUCUGAAGUUAAGAGAUCUGACGUCCCGGCUGUGUGAUGGCGUGCCCGACUGUGCUGAUCUGUCAGACGAGCUGACCUGUCGCUACUGUCGCCCUGGACACAUUCUCUGUGCUAACAGCCCGACAUGUAUUCCAGCUCACAAGCGCUGUAACGGUCACUUCGACUGUCCUGAUCACAGCGACGAGAAGGCCUGCUUGGCAUUGUCGCCCAGUGUUGCCGGAUUGCCAGCUCUACCCAGUGCACACCCAGGCCACACCCGCACGUCAGGACAUGUUGUCUUCAAUGAGAAAGGCUCUCUUGGCAAGCUGUGCGUGGACAAUCUCAACACUUCAGGGGUCAACAACUCUGCCGUGCUCCGCAAUGUUGCCACCUCCCUCUGCCGAACUCUGCUAUUCCAGAGUGUGGAAGAGUUCCGAGUGGAGACAGACAAAGAGGAAGACGUGUCCAAUUAUGUCCAGAUGGAGGAUCCCACUGCAGACCAGAUCAGUUUCGUACAGGUCCCUUGCCCAGAGAAGUCUGUGCUGCACGUCACAUGCAAAGAUGCUGAGUGUGGAAUCCAGCCAGCGCGUGUCACCUCUGGUGUGGAAGGACUAGCCAAGAUGGCUGCCCUGGGGGAUUGGCCGUGGCAUGCAGCUUUGCUCAAGGAUGGAGUCCAUGUGUGUGAUGCAACUGUUGUCCAUCCCCAAUGGCUUCUCACUAGCGCUUCCUGUUUUCAAGGCCAGCAGAAGGCAGAAUGGGUUGCUCGGCUUGGCAGUGUCCGCCUAACCUCAACCACUCCCUGGCAGCAAGAGAGGCAUGUAGUAGGCAUGACCAAAUCUCCAGUGGAGGGCAGCACUGUAGUCCUGGUGAAGCUUGACUCACCUUUGCUCGUCUCAGACUUUGUGCGACCCAUCUGCCUACCUCAUCACUCCACCCAACCUGUGUACACCAACUGCCACACUCUCGGCUGGACAAGAAAUCGAGAGGUGCUACAGAGGGUAGAACUCCUGGAGAGCAGGAUGGACCAGUGCGCCAAUGUCAGUAUCAUGUCAGUCAACUCACUGUGUGCUGACAGUGUGUACUCUAUGGAGGACUGCAGUGAGGAGGAGUUGGCCGGCAGUCCCAUGAUCUGCGUGAAUGGACUGGACCACCGCUGGACCCUUGUGGGAGUGACCAACUGGAGGAUAGCGUGCGCUGCAGCCGGUAGUCAACGACCUCGUGUCUACGACAAGACUGCCCCCAACGUUGACUGGAUCCUGACCAGUAUCAAAGAGGACCACUGACCGCACAAACAACGAGACCACCUUCUUUCUCAUUUUUUUUUUUAAUCAGCAGGAAUACACACAGACAGAGGGUGAACCCUCUUUGCUUUUGAAAUGGUUAGAACUGGAGGGAAUUUUGAAGACUGAACAUUAUACAAAAUUUUCAAAAGAUCCCCCAACAGUUUAAUAAAACAGCUCCUUCCUGAAAAUAAAUUUUAGGAUUUUAAUUUAUGUUAAUUAGGUUUAAAUUUCUAUCAAUCGUUAUGAAGCUAAAAACCAAUUAGAUAAAAACAUUUAGAAUGCCUACUUCAUUGUAAAGUGAAUUUUGUUUCACCCAUCAGGAUUUAUUGAGCAAAGGAGACAGUAAGUAUAGCAAGAGAUGGUACAGUUUUAGUCAUGAGGGAGGGAUUAGGUAAUAUCCAAAUUAGUUACCGGAAAAGAGGGAGAACUCCCCUUGGGUUCGAGCUUAAAAUACAUGGUUAAAGCCUGUAAGAGAGCUACCUACAGGUAAGCAAAUGUUCGAUAUGAUACAUUCAUUAAGUGAUUGAAAGAAAGUAUAUUUGGUAUUCUUAAUGACAGCGAACUUUUGAGAGAUAUUUCAAUGCUAGUGCAUACCUAAAUCAGAUAUUAAAGAGACAAAACAAAUCUGAGAGUGAAAUUAUGUUCAAUGAUAAUUUAUUAAAUGAUUCACCUUAAUUAGUGCAGAAAUUUUUUAGUUAUAUUGUAACCCUUUUAGUGGUAAUGUCCUGUGCUGUUGCGGCCCUACAGACGGUUAUAACAAUCUACUACUAUAAUUAUAGUAUCUCAUUAGCUGUACUAUAUCAUGUUAACUCUUUGAGUUCUAAAGACCUGUUCUGCUCUGUGCAGUGAGACAGUUACAACAAUCUGCCACUACUGGAUUUGGUACUGAAAGGGUUAUAUGACACUUCAUUAGAUGUACAGUAUUAUUUUAACUCUUGAAUUCAAAUGACCUAUUCUGCUCUGUGUAAUAGGCCGUUAUAACAAUCUACUACUAUCGGAUGUAGUACUGAAAGUGUCAAAAGAUGUGGUGCAGUGUACACUCCCGUAUAGUCUAGGAGCCAAGAGACAAUUUGCAAGCAUUACAAGUUCACAAUCUAGUUUUUCUUUAAAUCAAUAGAGAGAUUUCCACUAACAAAGAAAUUUAUUGUGAACUGCACUAGUUUUGGAGAAGGUCAAAGUAGAAGGGUAUCAAAAGGGUUAAACAUAAAAAACGAAAAUAUUUACUCAGAUAAUUUAAUUUUCUCAAUUAAAUCACUUACUAAAAACCAAACCUCAGGCAUAUACUAAUGAGUAAAUAGUUAAGACACUACAUGUUGCUUUAUUACAUAUAUGAAUAUAUUUAGCCAAUGCAUUUAAUAUUUAUAAACAUGUUUAAUGGUUGGUUUUAAGCGUGGCAAGCUAAGAAAGGUACAAUCUGAGAAAAACGUAAUGUUUCAUACUUUUAACCCUUUCGAUGCUUUCCCACUUCGACCUCAACCAAAUCUAUUAUUUCGUUACACUAUUAAUUUUUUCUUCAUGGAAAAUUUUUUGUCAAUUCUAAAAAAACCAGGUUUCUGAAACACAAAUUGAAUCUUGUCUCCUGAACUAGUAAAUUUGAAUUUAUUUUGUACAUAACUACAUUAAUUUGGUUCAAAAUUGUCUCUAUAAAUAUUGUAAUUACCUUAUAAUCAUUAUAAUUUUAAAAUUUUGUGUUUUUAUACAAAGUUGAAAAUUAUGAAUUUUUACCGGUGAAUAGCACCUUAAUUUUAAUAAUUAAGCAAUAUGUUUCCAUUUGAAUGUAUAGCCAUAAUAAUAUCAGCAAAUGUUACAUUGAUUAGGUACUAGGCAGCUUGCUUUUAGUAAGUUUUAAAUGAGGAAGGAAGUGUGUUCCUACCAUCUAAAAACAUUGCAGAACGUUUUUAGCCGAAAAUUCAUUUUCUGUUGUAAAAUAAGUAAUACCCCUUUUAUUUUGUAUAGAAAUCAAAUGUAUCACCACCUCUUACAACUAAAACCAAAGUUCAAGAAAACCAUGUUUUUAGUGAAGUAUGAAAUACUUUACAUUUUAAAAGUUGAUACUAUUAAACUUUUUUUAAUUGAUGAGAAAAGUAAAAAAAGUUUCACAUUGGGUUUGUGUGAGUUACAAACCCAAAAAAAAUUUGUAUUAAAAAUAUUAUUUUUAGUUACGUAAUAAAUAUUAAAUAUUUUUGUAAGUCUUCUUGUUCAUGGACAAUUUUCUUCAUAAUUAUUUGAAGUAUUUUUUUGUAAACUCUUAAAAAGACUAGAUACGAUUUUUUAUUGAUAAAGACAGUUUACAAUGAAUUUAAUAUAAAAAUAUUAUGGCGUUAUUUAUUUGUAUGAUUGUGUUAGUGUAAUUAUGAUAAAUAUAGGUAAUCUUUUUUUAUCUAAUAGAAUAGAUUAAUAAGUUUGAUCUCGAGAUUUGAAAUUAAGUAUCAACUUAAUUUAGCAGACUAAUUUCGUUAGAAUACCUAUUUAAAUAAAAUUUUGUAUUAUGCUAUCAUUUAUAAAAUUUAAAAUUCUAAAAUUAACUUAUUUUCAAUUAUGCAAAAAUAAACCUAAACUGUCAUUUGUAAAUAUAUCCUUACUUUUUUUAAGGAGACGCUGUAUUAAACUAAUAUUGUGUUCAAUGAUUGUUAUGUAUGAAAUUAGUUUAUUGUAUUAUACUAUUUUUAUUAAA